AUGGUUCAGGGACCUGCAUCUCAGAAGAUUCGCUUUUGGGUAGAUGAAAAAGGUGGUGGUGAUGAGCUCACCACUUUGGAUGGCCUUCAGGUUUCUCUAUGUGGUUCUGUCAACGGCAACGGAGAGAUUGCUAAGGAAUUCGAAAGUUCUGAAGCUAAUUUUAAGCAGAAGAGAAGGCUUUCUUGCUUUGGCGGUGGAGGCGGCAGUGGUUAUGGACGUCGUGAGGGCGGCGGUGGUGGAUACAGCUGUGGUUGUGACCGUGGCUACGGAAGUGGUGGUGGUGGUGGUGACCGUUACUCGAGCUGGAGAAACUAG